AUGUCACUCAUCAGUAAUCAGCUCAUCCGUUUAUCCGAUCCGCUUGGGUCCAAUUCUCCUAGCGGUAAUGCAAAACCGGCUGAUAAGCUUCAAAGACAACUUCCUCACUUCUUUCACCUUCUCAGUUCGUUUACUCAGGCAAAGACAUAUCAGAAUCCAACUGCAUCACGUAUCUCAACCAUGUUUGAGAUCCAUUUCGAUGAUCUUGGUCAAUUGGCUGGUGCAAAAGCUUUAGUCUUUGGUUUUGAUAAAACUCGGCUUCGGAAUCCUCUUCGAUCAUCUCAAGAUCGAGCUUUUGAUGUCUUCUACCAGUUGAUCGCUGGCUUUAGUCCCAAUGAUGAUCCUAGCCUUAUUCAUCUCAUGCCCCAACCCUCUGACUAUCAGUUACUCGCCUCCUCAGGUUGCUAUCGGCUCGCCGAUCGUCCUGAUGCUGAUCAAAUGGCCUUUGAAGACUUGAGAGCAGCUUUCAAAGCGCUCGGAUUCAAGCCAAAGCAUAUUCAAUCCAUCUUCAAGCUUCUCUCCGCAAUCCUUUUGAUGGGUAACCUCGAAUUUGACCUUUAUAAUUCUCGCGAUUUCCAGGAUCAAUCUUGCUUUGUCACCGAUGUCGAAACCUUGGCCGUCGUUGCUGGACUCCUUGGCGUCACUCCUGACGAUCUUACUCGUAUCCUCACAAAUCGGGUGCAAUACAUACGCAAAGAAACUGUCACUGUCUUUUUGCGUCCUGAUGGGGCUCGUAGGCAAAGGGACGAUUUCAUGAACGCAUUAUAUGGAAUUCUCUUGGCUUAUGUGAUUGAGACCGCCAAUCACAAAAUGUUU